AUGGAAGACUUUAAUGCAGUCCUCUCACCAAGUAUAGACAGAAAUAACAAUAGUCAAUUACAGAUAUCAGAAACUGAAAUCUUUUUAUUUCUAACCAGUAGAGAACUCAUCGAUUGUUAUAGAACAUUGUAUCCUGAAUCCAGCAAUUUCAUAUGGCAAAGAGAUAAUUCAUCAGCAGAAAGUUAUAUUGAUACAAUAUGGAUGUCAGAAAAAUGGGGAGAAAAAAUAAAAUCGUGUUAUAUUGAUAAUUUAAAUUUAAUUACAGAAAGUGAUCAUAAACUAGUAGAACUCAAAAUUAAAAGAAAUUGA